AUGGAUGUCAUGCCAGCUGCCUUCACCCCCGUGGCCUCCGGGUCCGACCUUCAUUCCACUCUGAGUUCGACUGGUCCUACGUGGGCAGGCACUUCGACCUCCUCCCUCUCCUCCUCCAUUAACGACUACUCCUCCUACCCCCUCAUCCGCCAAGGUGACCGCACCUAUCUCAGAGACCCCGAAAAUCUCUAUCCUUUGCCAUGCGACCUGCCAGAAAUUCACCGCCAGACAUUGCGCUCCCUUAUGCUCAUUCGUGUCUUCGGAGGCCCUUUCUGUACGCCGUCGCUAAACGAGCAGCCCCCCAAAAGAGUUCUUGAGAUCGCAUGCGGGUCGGGAUUAUGGUCCAGUAUGUGUCAUGAGCAUUUCGCCCGUCGCGGCCAUCGCAACAUCGCCUUUCACGGCAUCGACCUCGUUUCAGUGGCCCCCGAUUUGCGCAAGAAAGGUGUGAACUGGCAUUUCAAGCGGCAUGACCUACGCAAGCCCCGCCUGCCUUACCCGGACGAUUACUUUGACUUUGUGUUCAUCAAAGACGCGGGAAUGUGUCCGUCUAGUCCAGCACAGCAGGCGUCCGGUCUCAGUGAACCAUUGCGUGUCCUCAAAUCCGGAGGGAUUUUAGAAGUAUGGGAUUCCGACUGGGUAUUUCGAUCAUUGCUUCCGAAUCCCGCCCCAGCUCGCAAAUUAGCUUCAAGAGAGCAGGAAAUCGCGGACACCACCGCGACGUAUACCUUUUCACCAGCCACACCCUUCACCGGAGCUCAGAACAAGUUUCUCCAGGAUUAUAAUUCCUGGGUCGAGAAAGCCUUUGAUCGCCGGAAACUCACUGCGAUACCAUGCGCCACAAUUGGUUUGUCCUUCAAUGCCGAAGUUGACAUCCUUGAAAAGGUGGACAGUCGUCGUAUCGCCAUUCCAUUGGGAGAAUUGCGAUGGGAACGUGAAGGGGGUCGCCCACGCAAGCAAUUGACCGCGGAACAGAUGUCAAUCCGACGAACUGCACUUCUGACUGUUAUUCAAAUGAUCGAAGGCAUGGAACCGAUGCUCAUGGAGGCCAGCGGGAAAAGCAGGGAUGAGUGGGACAGGUGGUGGACUGCAAUGAUAAACGACUUGUUUCAGAAAGGAGGCCUCGCGAGUGGAGAGUGCCUGGAAGUGAGUGCCUGGUGGGGUCGAAAAAGAUAG